AUGGAUAAGCUCCAGGCCAAGCUCAUGGAGCAGCAGGCACUCUUGCAGAAGCAAAUGGAGGCUAGCAAUCCGGCCUCCAGCUCUCUUCCCAUCACACCCGGUGUCGAGGGCUUCUCUGUGUCGGCUGUGCCUACUGGUAGGUCUGCAAGUGCCGCGCCAAACGAGGCCAGCGAGGAGAUGCUGCGCCUCAAGCUUGAGCUUGCUCAAGCUAGGGACACCAUUUCGCGCCUGGAGGCGCAAAAGCGUGCCGCUGGCCAGGGAAGCGGUCGUGCCAGUCCGUCGCCCGUUGCGGAGUCCGACUACAAAUCGGUCAUGGCCACCACGUCGUCCCCAGCCGCAUCUCGGUUUAGCACAAGUGGCAUGGGAUUCAACGCGCCUGGCAAGAUGCCGCACUUUACUCGCGAGCAGAGCUGGGCGGCCCAAGACGACACUCGGUCCGAAAUCAGCGAUGCAGUUUCCACCGGGGCUUUCCAUCGUUCGCGGGGUAUCUGGAGCCACAAGCCUGCCUUUGGAGCCCAGUUCCCUCAGAACCACCAAUUGACGGUAGACGGAGCUCAGCCGUCACAAUGGUCGAACACGCGUGCGCACAAUUUUGAGGCGCCUGUAGCUGCCCACCAAACUGGCCUGGAGGUCUACCGCCAGGAUCGCUUCACGCCUGACCAAGAGAUGAUUAGACCCAUGGGACGCCGUGGACACAGGUAUGACAAUCGGUAUGGCGCGUCGAGCAACUUCAGUGCGGGAUUCGGCACGUACAACAUGGGUGCCAACAUGGGCGCCAAUCUCUACGACCCGGCUCCGGCUUAUCCUGCAGGUGCGCAAGGCAUGAUGGGGGGCGGCAUCGGAAUGGGAAUGUACACGCCUUAUCCGCAGCAAACAAUCGCGACCACACUCUCUCCGCUGGCUGCCGAGUUUACCUCCACUCGCACUUCGUGGAACGGCGAGACUACGACUGCGGACGGCCAGACAUACGUGUCACCCACCACAGAGCCCCUCAACUACCGCCGUCUGCUGGAUCGCAAUGUCUCGUGCGAUUGGAAGUAUAUCGUAGACAAGAUCGUGUGCAAUAACGAUCAGCAGGCUUCCAUAUUCCUGCAGCAGAAGCUCAAGGUUGGUACGCCCGAGCAGAAGUACGACAUUGUCGAGGCCAUCGUCGCGCAGGCAUAUCCGUUGAUGGUAAACCGGUUCGGCAAUUUCCUGGUGCAACGCUGCUUCGAGCAUGGCACCCCCGAGCAGGUCAUCAAGAUCGCCGAGGCCAUCCGUGGAAAUACGCUCAACCUGUCGAUGGAUCCGUUCGGCUGCCACGUGGUCCAGAAGGCCUUUGACUCGGUUCCAGAGGACUACAAGGCGAUCAUGGUCCACGAGCUUCUGCGCCGGAUUCCCGAGACGGUCAUUCACCGGUAUGCCUGUCACGUGUGGCAGAAACUUUUCGAGUUGCGGUGGACUGGUCCUCCCCCGCAGAUCAUGAAGUACGUGAACGAUGCCCUUCGCGGCAUGUGGCACGAGGUCGCCCUGGGCGAGACGGGCAGUCUCGUCGUCCAAAACAUCUUCGAGAACUGUCUCGAAGAAGAUAAACGGCCGUGCAUCGAGGAGGUGCUCGCGAACAUUGACAUUGUCGCGCAUGGUCAAUUCGGCAACUGGUGCAUUCAGCACAUUUGUGAACACGGGGCUCCUCCCGACCGGAGUCGGGCUGUUGACCACGUGAUUCGCUAUGCUGCUAAGUACAGCAUGGACCAGUUUGCUUCGAAGGUGGUAGAGAAGUGCCUCAAGAUCGGCGGCUCCGAAUUUCUCAGCCGGUACCUGGAGCGUGUGUGUGAGGGCCGCGUGGAUCGCCCUCGGAUCCCGCUGAUCGACAUCGCCAGCGACCAGUACGGCAACUACCUCAUCCAAUACAUCCUGACCCAUGCCGCCCCUCAGCACCGCGACGUUGUCGCCGCCCAUAUCAGGAAGCACAUGGUGUCUCUCCGUGGAUCCAAGUUCGGCUCCCGCGUCGGCAUGUUGUGCACGAACCACGCGGCUGCCACUCGCCCAGGCCCAGGGGCCGGCCCGAUGCCCGGCCGCGUCGCCAAUGCCCGCUAUGCCGCCGGCUUCCGCUGA